UGAUUUUGCAUAUACUGAAGAAAGAAAGAUGAAGAAAGAAGAGCAAUAUAUUUUCUAAGAAUUAUAUUGGCUUGCUUCUCCAGACCUAUGUACUAAGGAAUUCUUCUGCUUCUCCUUACUUAGAAGUUGAUCAUCUUUGUGGUCAGACUGCCUUGGAGUUUUCUACCUUUUAUCUUUUGUUUGCAGAAGAAAUCCUGGUCAGAAUGUAACAGGACAUCUUUUUUUUUUUUUUUUUUUUUUUUUUUUUUUUUGCUAUGGAAGGUAGAAAAUUGUCACUGACUUGGUAAAGUUACAUAUCACUCACCUAGAGAAGACCCUUCUUUAAAGUGAACAGAAACCAAGCCCUUGUGAGCACUUUUAUUGAACAUGACUCAUGGAGAAGAGCUUGGCUCUGAUGUGCAUCAGGAUUCUAUUGUUUUAACUUACUUAGAAGGAUUACUAAUGCAUCAAGCAGCAGGGGGAUCAGGCACUGCCAUUGACAAAAAGUCUGCUGGGCACAAUGAAGAAGGCCAGAACUUUAAAAUUUCAGGCGGUACGUUUCCCACCUGUCAGAGUAACGGGCCAGUUCUCAAUACACAUCCAUACCAGGGAUCUGGCAUGUUGCAUCUCAAAAAAGCCAGGCUGUUGCAGUCUUCUGAGGACUGGAAUGCAGCAAAGCGAAAGAGGCUGUCUGAUUCCAUCGUAAACUUAAAUGUAAAGAAGGAAGCUUUGCUGGCUGGCAUGGUUGACAAUGUGCCUAAAGGCAAACAGGAUAGCACAUUACUGGCUUCUCUGCUUCAGUCAUUCAGCUCUAGGCUUCAGACUGUUGCUCUGUCACAGCAAAUUAGGCAGAGCCUCAAGGAGCAAGGAUAUGCCCUGAGCCACGAUUCUUUAAAAGUAGAGAAAGACUUAAGGUGCUAUGGUGUUGCAUCAAGUCACUUAAAAACUUUGUUGAAGAAAAAUAAAGCUAAAGAUCAAAAGCCUGGUACAGAUCUUCCUGAUGUAACUAAAAACCUCAUCAGAGAUAGGUUCGUAGAGUCACCUCAGUGUGUUGGACAAAGUGGAACAAAGGUUAUGAGUGAACCCUUGUCAUGUGCUGCACGAUUACAGGCCGUUGCAAGCAUGGUGGAGAAAAGGGCUAGUCCUGCCACCUCACCUAAACCUAGUGUUGCUUGUAGCCAGUUAGCAUUACUCCUUUCCAGUGAAGCCCAUCUGCAGCAGUAUUCUCGGGAACAUGCUUUAAAAACACAAAAUGCAAAUCAAGCAGCAAGUGAAAGACUUGCUGCUAUGGCCAGAUUACAAGAAAAUGGCCAGAAGGAUGUGAGCAGUUUUCAGCUCUCAAAAGGAGUGUCAGGCCAUCUGAAUGGUCAGACCAGAACAUCAUCAAGCAAAGCAAUGGCUGGCAGAAGUAAUGCUGCAGCUUUUCAGAACCCAGUGGGCAUCGUUCCUUCUUCCCCCAAAAAUUCAGGCUAUAAGAACUCACUAGAAAGAAACAGUAUAAAACAAGCUACUAGUAAUAGUUUGCUUUUACAUCUCCUUAAAAGCCAGACCAUACCUAAGCCAAUGAAUGGGCACAAUCAGAAUGAGAGAGGAAGUAUUUUUGAAGAUAGUAGUACACCCACAACUAUUGAUGAAUAUUCAGAUAACAAUCCUAGUUUUACAGAUGACAGCAGUGGUGAUGAAAGUUCUUAUUCCAACUGUGUUCCCAUAGACUUGUCUUGCAAGCACCGGAUCGAGAAACCUGAGUGUGACCAACCUGUUUCUCUUGAUAAUUUAACUCAGUCCUUGCUAAACACAUGGGAUCCAAAAGUCCCAGGUGUAGAUGUUAAAGAAGAGCAAGAUACCUCAAAGAAUUCUAAGCUAAAUUCACAUCAGAAAGUGACACUUCUUCAGUUGCUACUUGGCCAUAAGAAUGAAGAAAACAUAGAAAAAAACACCAGCCCUCAGGGAGUACACAACGAUGGGACAAAGUUCAAUACACAGAAUUAUACAAGGACUUCUGUAAUAGAAAGGCCCAGCACCAAUAGGACUACUCCAGUCAGCACUCCACCAUUACUUACAUCGACCAAAGCAGAAUCUCCCAUCAAUCUUUCUCAACAUUCGAUGGUCAUCAAAUGGAAUUCCCCACCGUAUGCCUGCAGUGCUCAAUCUGAAAAGCUAACAAACACAGCAUCUAACCACUUGAUGGACCUUACGAAACACAAAGAAUUACAAGGAGAGAAAACAGCCCAAAAUGAAGGUGUACAAACUUCUGCGACUUUUAGCGCCAGUAAGCUGUUACAAAAUUUGGCACAAUGUGGAAUGCAGUCUUCCAUGUCAGUGGAAGAGCAGAAACCCAGCAAACAGUUGUUAAGUAUAAACACAGAUAAACCUGUAGGUAUGAUUGAUAGAUUAAAUAGCCCUCUGCUCUCAAAUAAAACAAAUGCAGUUGAAGAAAAUAAAGCAUUCAGUGGUCAACCAGCGGGUCCUGAACCAGGAUUUUCUGGUUCUGAAAUAGAAAACCUGCUAGAAAGACGCACUGUCCUCCAGUUGCUCCUGGGAAAUCCCAAAGGUAAAAGUGAAAAGAGAGAAAAAAUUACCGUAAGAGAUGAAAGUACUCAGGAACAUACAGAAAGAGCAUUAGGUGAACAGAUACUGAUGGUGAAAAUAAAAUCUGAGCCUUGUGAUGACUUACAUAUUCAUAAUACAGAUGUGCAUCUGAGCCAUGAGGCCAAGAGUGCCCCAUUCUUAGGGAUGGCUCCCACCGUGCAGAGAAGCACAGCUGCCUUACCCAUGUCUGAGGACUUUAAAUCGGAGCCUGUUUCACCUCAGGAUUUUUCUUUCUCCAAAAAUGGUCUGUUAAGUAGAUUGCUGAGACAGAAUCAAGAGAGUUAUCCAGCAGAUGAUCCAGAUAAGAGUCACAGAAGUAGUGAACUGACACCUCUAGAAUCAAAGAAUCUUUGCAUGGUCCCUAAGAAAAGGAAGCUUUAUACUGAACCAUUAGAAAAUUCUUUUAAAAAGAUGAAAAGCAAUAUUGUGGAAGCUGCACAUAAUCACAGUGCUCCAGAAGUCCUUUAUGGGUCCUUGCUUAAUCAGGAAGAGCUGAAAUUUAGCAGAAAUGAUCUUGAAUUCAAAUAUCCUGCUGGUCAUGGUUCAGCCAAUGAAAGUGAACAUAGAAGUUGGACCAGAGAGAGCAAAAGCUUCAAUGUUCUGAAACAGUUGCUUCUCUCAGAAAACUGUGUGCGAGAUUUGUCCCCACACAGGAGUAACUCUGUUGUUGAAAAUAAAAAGAAAGGACACAAAAAUAAUGUGACUAACAGUAAGCCUGACUUCAGCAUUUCUUCAUUAAAUGGACUGAUGUACAGUUCCACUCAGCCAAACAGUUCCAUGGAUAGUAGGACAUUUUCAUACCCAGGAGUGGUAAAAACUCCUGUGAGCCCUCCGUUCCCUGAGCACUUGGGCUGUUCUAGAUCAGAACCCGGGCUUUUGAAUGGCUGUUCUAUGCCCAGUGAGAAGGGACCCAUGAAGUGGGUUAUCACAGAUGUGGAUAAGAAUGACUACGAAAAAGACUCUCCAAGACUGACCAAAACUAACCCAAUACUGUACUACAUGCUCCAGAAAGGAGGCAAUUCUGUAACCAAUCAAGAAUCACAGGACAAGGACAUCUGGAGGGAGUCUUCAUCUGCUGAAAGUGUUUCACGUGUAGCAAUCAAAGAAGAGUUACUUCCUGCUGCAGAAACUAAUGCUUCUUUCUUUAAUUUAAGAAGCCCUUACAAUAGCCAUAUGGGAAAUAAUACUUCUUGCCCACACAGUGCAAAUGGAGAAGUUUAUGGACUUAGGGGAAACAUGCUAACAAUUAAAAAAGAGUCAGAAUAAAAUGUACCUGCCAUCCAGCGUUGGAUGUUUUUAAAAUUAAUUAGUAUGAACUUGGGAAUCUGUAUAAAUAAGAGCAUGAUUUGAGAAAAGCAUGAUAUAAUUGAAACUUUUUUUCAUUUUAAAAAGUAUUGGUUACUGGUGAUGUUUAAAUAUGCAUACUAAUUUUUGCUUAACAUUAGAUGUCAUGAGGAAACUCUUGAAAUAGCAAUUGGUUGUUUAACACUUCUGUAUGCAUCAGAUAACAACUGUGAGUAGCCUAUGAUUGAAAUUCUUUUAUGAUCAUAAAUAAGAGGCAUACGUUAAAAUUUAAAACUCCAUCCAUAGUAGAUCAAUGCAUUUUGCUGCCUUCAAUAGGGUACUUUCUUUUACAUUUCAGAAGUCAGCCUACAUUAACACAUGUUUUUAAAGUCCAAACUGUUAACUCAUUAAAGGAUAAUUAUCAAAUUUUUUAAAAACGUGCUGACUCACAUCUCCUUAUCCAAUUAAAAAUAAAUUAGGAAAAAAGCUCACAUUUUUCACUUUUGCUAAAAAAAAAAUAUUUAUUUUUAACUCUUGGAAGGGGUUUUGUGGUUCCCCAUGUGUCUGCCCCCACCCCAGACCUUUUCAAUAUAUAUUUCUUUAAACCUUGUACUUUUUAGUAAAACUUGAUUACAAUCGAGGGAAGUUUGAUAGAUCUUUAAAAAAAAAGGGCAGAUGUCCAUUUUUGUAUUUUAACUACUUUACUAAAUACCCCUCCUUUUACAGAAUAAGGGAAGUUACCACUUAUCUUCAGGUGGUUUCCUGAGUAGUUGACGAUUUAAGAAAUUGUUUUUAAUAGAAACGAAAUGGCUUUUCUUUGGACAGUUUUUCACCAUCUCUUGUAAAGGUUAAUUCUCACUAUUCCUGUGGUACCUGUGAGUCUUAGAACCAGAAUUUCUUAAAGCUGGACUCAGACCACCUGCAUUAGAAUCAUCUGGAACACUUGUUUUAAAAUGCAGAUUUAUAGGCAGCAUCUCAGAUCUACAAAACAAGGAUCUCUGCUAAGUGGACCUGGGAAUCUUCUGUCUGCAUCUUAACAUGUUUCCUAGAUGUUUCUUCUGCACACUGAUGUUUGAGAACCAUUGCUGAUGACUUUCUCAGAACAUGGACUAUAAAGAGAAUGUUUGAUGUCUAUAUUUUCCCAAAUACAGCCACACAUAAAUGAAAAUUUGCAAUAUUGUAGUUCCUAUAUUGCCGUUAUGUCUUUGGAAAUCGGGUUCAGAAUACUUUUUAUGACUAAAAAUUGGGUGGAGGGGACAACUUUCAUAUCUGGCUCAACAUCUCAGGAAAUCUGUGAUUAUUUAUUUGUUCUAAUAAGUAACAUCUACUUAAUUAGCCUUAGAGCUGGAAUAACAGGGCCACUUACCAAACUCAGGUGAUUCCAGGAUGGUUUGGAAACUUCUCCUGAAUACAUCCUUAGCUUCUAUUGAAACCAUUGUCCUAAGAACAAUGCUAGCAAAGAUUAAAACAUUUAGUUCAAACUGAAGAAUAGUACUGAACUCGGAUUGACUAAAUAAAAUUGUACAAAGGGCAUGCAUCCAUGACAGAAUGUACACAAUCACUCCAUUGGAUCAAUUAUUUUCAAAUAGUGCUCAAAGGUAAACUGAUAUGGUCUUGGAAAAACUUUACAAGUGAAAGCCAGCUGGCAUUUCAAACUUGAAAAAGGUCUAUUUUUAAGUUCAGUUUUACAAUCCUCAGUUCAUUCACCAGGUAUUUUUUUUUCUAUCGUGAGCCAGGUUAACAAUUGAUCUAUCAAAAAUUAUUGUAUAAUCAACUAUUAUUUAGAAGGAAAUUAAUUUGAAGUUGUUUCUAAGAUUUUUAUAUUAAAAAUGGACAUUGUUUCCUAAAUAUAAUCUAAAACCCUAAAUGCUUAUUUUUUUCCUCAAAAUGAUUUGUAAAUACUGCAUAUAUUAUACAAUAAUAGAAGUGGCUAUUAUGCUACAUCAUGGGGAGGUGAAGGCUCAUGCUUACUCUGACAUGAAAAUUUUUUUGGCCAGUGAAUAUGCUGAAUUCCAUGUCCAUACUGUGGCAAUCUUAUUGUCUACAUUAUAUAAAUAAGCUUUCACAAAUCUUUUGUUCUUGAUCAUUGUAAAAGAUCUAGGGCCUUAGAGCUAUGUUAGAAAAAAAAAAUGUUGGUAUUCUCCCUUGUUUAAGGGGAGAUGGGUGUUUUACCAGAGUGUGAUAUGUAGAUUAGGGAAAAGAACAUCGAGAGCCAGCACUUUUUGUUUUGUUUUGUUUUGUUUUUUAAGUUGGUUAGUUUUUGUUUCUGUUGUUAACAGUUAAAGGAAUGGAAAUAAGUGAUACAGAAAUAAAUUUAACCACAAAAUGCUGUUCUGAUUUACUAGAGGAUGUCCCCAAUUUAGAGUUCAGAGUGAUUUUAAAGAAGGGCAGUGAGAAAGGGCAUACAUCCACAAAUUCGUUUUCUUUAUGCAUCUGUACAUUACAAGGGUACACAUACACACAUUCUCAAGGACUAUUUUAAAUGUCUAGACAGUUUCUCCCUAAUAAAUCAUUUGUGAAAGGGUACUACAGCUCUCAUUGACAUCAGUAAGGUAAUAUUACCUGUUUACUCUCUGCUGCAUCUUACAGGAGAGUAAAC